AUGAACUUGUUGAAAUUUUACAACAAAGUACCAAAAAUAAGUUCGGUGUCUCAAAAUCAAUCUAACAGAGAAGAUAAUGCCGAUCAAGAAAUUGAUAAUAUUGCUCCAAAGUCCGAUCCAGCUGAAAGAACUCCAAUAUUGGAGUAUCAUCCAAACCAUUGCGAUGAAAUAAGGAGGGCAUACAUUCAAGGUGGUCCUUGCCAACCUCGGUAUCAUGACUUCCCUCAGUCUGACUUUUCUGGAUUUAAGCGUCGUUUUAAUCCUAUAUGGUUUGAUGAUUUUAAUUGGUUGGAGCAUAGUGUAAGUACCGAUGCUGCAUCUUGUUUACCUUGUUAUUUAUUUAAGGGCGAAAGUAUUCAUCAAGGUGGUGGUGAUGUUUUUUCUAGUAAAGGGUUUAGGAAUUGGAACCGAAAAGAAUGUUUUAAGAAACAUGUUGGUUUGCCAAAUAGUAUUCACAAUCAAGCAAUUAGAAAUUGUGAUGAUCUAAUGCGGCAACAACAGUCUAUUAUUGCUGCAUUUGACAAACAGUAUGAUCAAACUAAGCAUGAGUAUUGGCUUCGCUUAAAUGCUUCACAGUUGAUAUGUUUCAAAGAAGUGUGUUCAAGUGGUGAACUUGUAUUAUUGGUUUCAAAUAUUCUGAAUGUGUUGGGAGCUUCUUUUAAACGUGUGGAUGAAUUUCGAGAUUCUCAAAACGAAAAAUUCCAAGAGGCAUUAGAUAUGGAUGAACUAAAAACAGGUAGAGGCUUGAAUCAAAAACUUGGUCUUGUUAGAGCCGGUGAUACUCGUUGGGGAUCUCACUACAAGUCAUUUGGAAACUUUAUUUGUAUGUUUGGCUCUAUUGUUGAUGUUCUUGAUACUCUUGUUGAAGAUGCAAAUAUUUUGGGAAUCACAAAUGAGCUGAAUGUAUCCUUACAAAAAAAAGAGCAAGAUAUUGCAAAUGUCAUGCUACUUGUUCAAGUAGCAAAGAAAAGAUUGCAAACUUUAAGGAGGGAUGAUGAAUGGGAUUUGCUUGUUGAUAAAAUAUCUAUAUUUUGUAUCAAGCAUGAUAUUUUGGUCUCUAAUUUUGAUUAUCUAUAUGUUAACUCUGGAAGAUCACGGCGAAAACCUACUGAUUAUACUGUUUUUCAUCAUUAUCGUGUUGAUGUGUUUUGUAAAGUUCUUGAUUGGCAACUUCAAGAACAUAACGAUCGUUUUGACGAAAGGACGACUGAUUUGCUUCAUGGAGUUGCUUGUUUGAAUCCAAUUGACUCAUUUUCAAGUUCUCAUAUCAGAAAGAUAAUGAAGAUGGCUGAAUUGUAUCCGGAUGACUUUGAUGAAUAUAGGAUGAGUGCUCUUGAGAAUCAGCUUGCGAGUUAUAUUAUUGAUGUUCGUGAUUUUGAUGAAAGGUUCUCCAAUCUAAAUGGGCUUUCUGAUCUUUCAAAAAGAUUAGAGACAAAGAAGCAUUCAGCUUAUCCUCUUGUAUUCCUCUUAGUGAAACUUGCGUCGCUUUUGCCUGUUGCCACUGCAACCGUUGAAAGAACUUUCUCAGCAAUGAAGUUUAUCAAGAAUGACUUUCGGAAUCGAAUGGAUGGUGACCUUUUAGGCGGUUUAGUGCCUUAUGUAGAAAGAGAAGUAUUCAGUAUUGUUUCUAACGAGUCUAUUAUAAAAACAUUUCAAGAGAUGAAGCCUCAUCGAGUACAAUUGGAUUUAUCUAAUUGUUCAUACUAUAACGAGUCUCUUUUCGAUGCUUCUUUAUAUUAG